UGAGAGGAGCAGGUGAAUCAUUUACAGUUAUAUAGUUUCUUACUGUCCCACCUGUUCAACAGUGAAUAAAGUAAACACUACUGUAAGCAGAAAUGUUCCACUGUACAUGACAAGUUCCGUUUUCCAAAUAACAAUAGUAACAAUAGGUCAGAGUGGACAACGAGACGAAACCACGCCGCCGGAGCCUGGAUUUAGCAGGUAGGCUAUAAAUAACUUUUUGUUCACGUUAAUGUCAGAUGAAGCCUGUUCGCCGGUGUGUUUACAUCGUGUUUCCGAGAGUAAUUCACAUCCUUUGAGAAGCGUUUAUGUGUUGUUUAGUACAGCCGAUGAUUGUUCACCAAAGAAUGAACAGAAAUAUCUCGUAAUGUGACGCAGUCGUCAUUAUAUCAGAGAAGCUUGUGUUGGGUUUAAGUUUGACUAAAAAUUCAUUAUUCCUGACAUGUGAGUAAACACACCCUGAGGCCUGUAGCGCCGCCCACAGUAGACGCAACAUAUGGAGACUGUUUGUUUUCAUACAUUUCAACGCUUAAUGUUAUGUAGUUAAGAAAACAACACGUUGGUUAUCGUUUUGUAUUGUUGUACAGUCGUAAACGGUCUGCUCCUAUGCAUGUACUUCAACAUAACCACCCAUAUACCCACUUCUCUCAGAAAAGAGGAAACUAAAAACCAUCACGUGUGUGUGUUUAGUAAAGUUGCUGACAGUUAGUAUUGUCUUUACCAUUUUCUUGUUACUGUCUAUGAGACAAAAGUAUUGAAUUUCAAAUAUUGGGCAGAAGCCAUGUCUUGAUCAUCUUUAUCCAUCUUUAUCCAUCUCCAUACAUUUACAUUAAUUACGAGAUUGAAGUGAAGUUAAUGAGUGAAAUCAACAAUAACUUGCAGAACAAGUACGAGUUAAAGCCAAGUUCAUAUCAAAAGAACAGUGUACUGACUUUGAAAUACUUCAAUUGAGAAUUGUUUGCUGGUAUAAUUUAAAGUUGGCUUGCAUGCAGAGAAUGUGCCAAAAAAAAACAAUAUUCAUACUUUGGGAGAGUGGUCUACUGGUACAGUACUUCUACUGCAAUAACUAAUACUGCUACUACUAUUAGUACUACAUCUACGAGUACUCGUACUGCUGCUUCUGCUACUCUACUACAACUAUGUCAUGACUACCAAUACUACCACUGCUUUUACCACUACCUCUUCCAUUACUAUUAUAUAUUACUACAGCUGUUGAAUAUACCACUACUUAUACUGACACUAUUACAACUACUGCUACUAAUUCUUCUAGUAGUACUUGUGCUGCUGCUACUAGUGCUAAUGGUAUGCCGCUUCUACUAAUACUACUACUGUAGUGGUACUUGUACUGCUUCUAAUACUACUUCUAUGCCACUACUACAUCUGCCACUUUUACUAUUGUAUUACUUCUACUACUAUCUACCACUGAUCUUAAAUAGUCUACUAUUUCUACUGAUACCACAUGCUUUUACUGCUUCGACCUCUACUGCUCCUUUUACUUCCACUACUACAAGAGCCACAAUAAUCACUUCUUCUACUAUUUAUGUGUACGUCCUCUUUGUGCUGUUCCCAGGUCAGUUGCUGUGAGAGGAGGAUCCUCAUAGCUGGAGUCAUGUUGUCGGCGGAGGAGAUCCUGUGCAACACUCAGCAGGUGAUCGCCGGGCUGGAGGCGCUGAGAGGAGAGAACCGCAGUCUGCUGGAGAACCUGCAGGAGGCGAUGGAGAGCCGGGUGGCGCCAGAGAGCGGCAGCGUGGAGCAGGAGAAGAGCGGCAUCAUCCGCCAAUCACUGGAGAGGAUAGAGCUGGGGCUGAGCGAGGCCCAGGUGAUGAUGGCGUUGUCGGCUCAUCUGGGUUCCCUGGAGGCGGAGAAACAGAAGCUGCGUGCUCAGGUGCGUCGUCUCUGUCAGGAGAACCAGUGGUUGAGGGACGAGCUGGCCGGUGCUCAGCAGCGGCUGCAGGACCGAGAGCAGGAGGUGGUCACCCUCGAGGAGCAGAACAGACACCUGCAGUUCAUGUCGUCCAUACGCAAAUACGACCUGGAGGAGCCGCAGCUGGACGACAAAGACGCGUCUUCCACCAAAGAGUCUCUGGAUGACCUCUUUCCUACCGAGGACGAGGAGCAGUCGCAGAUGUCGCAGCCUCACCACAGCAGUGCAGCAGCCGCAGCCCAGCAGGGCGGCUAUGAGAUUCCCGCCCGCCUCCGAACCCUCCACAACCUGGUCAUCCAGUACGCGUCCCAGGGUCGAUACGAGGUCGCUGUGCCGCUCUGUAAACAGGCUUUGGAAGACCUGGAGAAGUCCUCAGGCCACACCCACCCAGACGUAGCCACCAUGCUGAAUAUACUGGCGCUGGUGUACAGAGAUCAGAACAAAUACAAAGAGGCAGCCAACCUGCUGAAUGACGCGCUGGCGAUCAGAGAGAAAACUCUCGGAAUGGACCAUCCGGCUGUGGCAGCAACGCUCAACAACCUGGCAGUGCUUUAUGGGAAACGAGGGAAAUACAAGGAAGCAGAGCCGCUGUGUAAAAGAGCUCUGGAGAUCAGAGAGAAAGUUCUGGGUACGGACCACCCAGAUGUGGCCAAGCAGCUGAACAACCUGGCUCUGCUGUGUCAGAACCAAGGGAAGUACCAGGAGGUGGAGCAGUACUACGAACGCGCUCUGCACAUCUACCAGAGCAAGCUGGGCCCAGACGACGCCAACGUGGCCAAGACCAAGAACAACUUGGCGUCGUGCUAUCUGAAGCAGGGCAAAUACAGACAAGCUGAAGCCCUCUACAAAGAGAUUCUCACCAGAGCGCAUGAAAAGGAGUUUGGAUCUGUAGAAGGCGAUGGUCGUCCCAGCUGGUCCGGUGCAGAAGACGGUGGCUCCGGACAGGAUGAACUCAGUAACCUGAAGCGCAGCGGCUCUUUCACCAAACUCAGAGAGUCGAUUCGCAGAAGCAGCGAGAAACUGGUCCGCAAGCUGAGAGGAGUCGGCAUGGAGGAAACUACCCCGAGGAAUGCUGGGAUAAAGAGGGCAAAGUCUCUGAAUGUGUUGAAUGUUGGAGCCAUAGAGAGUCAGGACGGGGCCCAGUCGAGCUGCUUGACGGACGUUCGAGGCCUGAGCUCCAGCACACAGAGCCUGACGAGAAGAGGUUCACUCGGUGGUUCCAGCUAACGCACACAUUACCCGGGAAGAUGUUCACAAAUGUAUCCGACACCACCGUGGAUGCCCCACUUUGAGUCACCUUAAGGAAAACGGAGACAUCUCAUUUAUUCACUAUCCCUCAUUUGAAAAAGAAAUAAGAAAUUAAUGUUUUCAUGGCCAUUGAGGAAGCGUCUCCAAACAACCAGUAGGACGGUGUGGUCACACGCUUUGACAUUACAUAUUGCACUAUAAGCUUUCCUUCCUGUUCACUUGAAAUUCAAUAUCAUUCCUUCUUCCUGGAUUCAUGUUAGAAACGAGCUCAGUGUCCUCAGAAGUUAAAGAAAAGAAAUCAUGUUCGACUACUUUAAAGAACACUGUUUUACGGCAAUCUGCUGAAGAUUAAUCAGCAGAUUGACGUUACCGAUUACUUUUUAAUCUGUUUGAAUUCUCUUGAGAAGCAGGGAUGUGAAAUUGCACAACUAUGAAACCGUAAAUGUUACAGUUGGUUUAAGACGGAGAUGUUAAGCUGAAGUUAAACUUCUUUAGAUGUGUUUUGCCUUUACAACGUGCAGGCCACUCAUUAUACGAUGCCGUCAAAGCGCAUCAUAAAACUGUUUACGUGAGCUGUUCUGUGACAGUUCAGUUUAGUCGUUCCACAUGACGGGAACGAAAUGACCGAUUAAGGACCAACUUUAAAACACAAACACCAGCUGAACAAAAUGAACGCACAUAUCUGACUUGAUGGUAGCUGGUACUAUUCCUAAAAGAUGGAUAUUUUUGCAAAUUUAUAUUCAAAUUAUUUAUUUAUGAUCUUUUUUCAUAGUGCUAAAAGAUACUUAUCACAAGUUAAUAUAUGUUCUGCUCAAUCAAACUAGGAUGGCCUCGUGCUGAAUGACUCAUGUUCAAAGAAGUUAUGAGCCAAUCUCUGGUGAACAAUGUUUAAAGUGUGCUUUUGUGGAGAAACUCAGUUUCACAGAUCUGUUGAUUUGAUUCAGCCUGUAGUAAAUCAAUCAACACUCAGUUAUGUAUUUGUCACAUUGUGAGUUAACAUUUGAUUCAGAAAAUUGUUUUAAGAUAUCUGGAUUCCCUGAGUUAUUGUUGUGCCUGAGUCAAUGUUGCACAUUUUGGCUUUGUAUUGGGGCAUUCUGGACAAUGUUCAGCUUAUCGUUUGCACAUAAUUGACAACAUUUUCCUUAAAUGACUCAGUUGAACGAAGACUUCACAGUUGAACCAUCUACUCAAAGCCGCUCUGUGGACGACUGAAGCCACAGAUGUCUCAGCAGGCUGUAUACAAGCUCAGACACAAAGUUAGUGGUGAACCUGUGAAGACAGUCAAACACGUCGCAGCUAAAGUGCAAACCAGAGAUACAAAGAGAGAGUUUUGCAGUCAUCUGACCCAUAGGGGUAAAAAUAGCAAUUUUGAGCGGAGGUCGCCCACAUUAGUGUCUAUUUCAUCUACGCUCCACUGAAAUCCGCAACUGACUAUUAUACUUUUAAUGUGACAGGUUUAUGUGUGCUCUUUGAAUUUGUAAUAAUUACUUGAAACUCAUGACGUGAACAAAGUCAUUUCUAUGUUGCUAUGCAGACAGAGCAUUAAAUAACUCAUUUUAAAACUCCUUUAAUCCUCAACAAUGUUCAAAAUAAGAUAAUGAGGUGCAGCUAGGAAAUCUUGCUCCAUGAAAAUGUUACCACCGAAUCCUCGGGGAUUUGUUUCCCACAAAACUCAAUCUUCCGUUUCAUUUUGUUUUUUAUUCAAACAUUCUGUGAAUCCUGGUUUUCCAGGAUGGAGAACUGUAUCUGCUGGUUCAAUGUAAGGGCUGGAAUCACACGGUUAGUUCACUGUAGAGACCACAGUGUGUUCAUGAAACACUGUCAGAAUGUUACAUAUAAACACAUCUCCUGAUGCUGUCUUUAUUCUGGUAAAUAUGAAUCUUUCUAUUUUAUAUUUGAAAACUUGAGCUGAAAUAAAUUACAACACGCUGUUAAAACUAUACGAGUGUUUGCCUGCAGUUAUUGCUUUGUGGUUUAUGUCUCAGUAUCAUCUUCACCUUUCUGCUUGAACAGCUACUAUAAAGUCAGAUUGUUCAUUUAUUCCCUGAAGACGGGCC